AAAAAUGUCAAAAACAGCUGCCGAUGACCUAUUUGGCGGUCUCAGCGACAGUGACAGCGACGAUGAGAUAGUUCCGACCUCAGUUUUGAAGGAUUUGGAGAUGAGCAGUGAAGAAGACGAAAUUGCUGAAUUAUCAAAGGAUACUCCUCCAGAGAAAAAGCGAAAAAUCUCCGAGAGUGGCGCUUCCAGCAGCAGCUUCAUACCGGAGAGCACUUCAGAAGAGAGUUUGAGCUUAAAAUCUAAAAAAAGUGGCUCAAGAAAGCGAAUUUUGACGGCUAGCUCGUCCACAAAUUCCAUUGCAAUGAAAUCUUCUGCAAGUUGGAUUCAGGAGAAAGAUACUCCGAUAAAUAAGUCAGAUGAGGAAAAAUCUAUUGCCGAGUCACUUUUGAUUGCGAAUUUUUCGAAUGAGCAACUGGAUCGCUAUACGGCGUUUAAAAGAUCGAGAUUCAACAGAAGAAUCAUCAAAAACGUGAUUACUCGAACCACCGGACAAAUUCCCAGUGAUCCACUUGCGCUUGCAGUAGCUGGCCUUACGAAAAUGUUCAUCGGAGAUCUUGUGGAAGAAGCUGUGGAGCUCCGUGGAGCUCUAAAUGAGCAAGACCGUCCAGUUCAACCGUAUCAUAUCACUCGAGCUUUCGACAAACUUUUGGCCGAGGGAAAAUUGUGGCCACCGUAUGGAGCGAAGUAUUGACUUUUUUUUUGCUUUUUUUUUGUUUUUUUUUUAAUCAUUAAUACCGGUUUCUAAUUAUAUGAAUCUCAAGAUUUUUGUUUUUGUUCUUGUUUUUUUUUAAUAAUAUUUAUUU